GUGUAAACAUGGCCGUGGUCGAUCAAUGAAAUUCGUAGUACGUGAAAGUGUAAAGUAUUAUAGAACUAUGAACCUUAAAUAAAUUAAAUUACGGUGUUAACAAAGGACCAUGGGUAAAGAUCAAGAACUUUUGGAGGCUGCUAGAAAAGGCAAUGUGGCUGUGGUUGAAAAAAUACUCGGCCAAAGAGCCAAAAGGAGUGGUCCACUAGCAAGCCUCCGAAGAGGUCCAGGAGCAAACGUCCAGGAUAGUAGUGGAUAUUCUUCACUACACCACGCAGCCUUAAAUGGACACAAAGAAAUUGUGAAGUUGCUCCUGGAACAUGAUGCUUCAACAAACAUUGUUGAUAGCAAAGGUUCCUCACCUCUUCAUCUGGCAGCUUGGUCCGGAAAUGUUGACAUCGUGCGGUUGUUGUUAUCGGGGCCAUCUAUAUGUAAUGUCAACUUGACGACCAAAGAUGACGAAACGGCACUACAUUGCGCUGCCCAAUACGGUCAUACUCAAGUAGUAAGCGUUCUGCUUGAACAUGCUUGCGAUCCGGGAAUCAGGAACUGUCGAGGGGAGACUGCACUUGAACUUGCGGCGCAGUAUGGAAGGCUGGACACGGUGGAACUAUUGGUAAGGACUGAUCCAUCCCUUAUACAGUGUUUGAAGAGGACUACACCUGACACUGUAUUUCCUCAUACUCCACUUCAUCUAGCUAGCAAAAAUGGCCACAAGGCCGUAGUAGAAGUACUUCUUCGUGCUGGAUUUAGCGUCAACAUGCGAACCAAAGCGGGGACGGCGUUACACGAAGCAGCUCUAUACGGGAAAGUGGAGGUGGUUCGGACUCUUUUGGAACACGGUGUUAAUACCUCCAUUAGAGAUUCGAAUAACCACACCGUGAUGGAUCUUCUAAGUCAAUUUAACACAGCGCAGGCUUCGCAAGAGAUCAUGCAUAUCCUAAAACGUCAUAAACGAGGGUUACCAUUAGUUGAUAGUGAUGGAGAAAGUGUAAGUCAUCCCUUUCCAACAGUGCCAAAUACUGAUUCCGAUUUAGGUAGUCCCUACGAGAACGUGCGGCCGUCAUCGAAGAACGCCCGUUCUAUUACCACCGACCCUUCACCCGGUACUUCCCCCCAACGAUGGGGAGAUUUCCUCCAGAGGCACGCUCGACCUCCGGAAGCGUUCGACGAUAGAAGGGUUUCGGGAGUAUCUGGAAUUUCUAUCAUGAAUCACCGAAAUGCACCAUCACGAGAUGUAAAUGAAAAUGAAGACACUUACGUACCGAUGACAAAUUUAAGAGUGCGUAAUACCAAACCUUACCAGAGCCUGCCAAUCAUGAAGCGCACGAAACCCAGAACCAUCUUAGAUGUUUGUCCGCUGGAUGGCAUUACUUUUAAUUUUAAAGACCAGCUCGAUCUCCGCAAGACGAGCAUCGCAUCCACUCUUUCUUACCAGUCGGCGACAUCUUGCGGAUGUCAAAGUAACUCUGAUUCUUCUAGGGAGUCGGAUAAUAGUUUGUACCAGAUACCGUGCGUACCGAAACAAUUCAUGGAUUCGAUCCAGCAUUCGGAGGACUUCAACUAUUUGAGUGCCAGCAGGGAGUCCGAUCAGAUCAGCGUCUCUAGUACGGCUAGUAGUUGCGGGUACUAUCCGAAGAGGCCUGACAGCGGUGGUAUACCGCUUUACAUUCCUAUGAAUAAUCCGAAAGGAGGACAUAGUCCAGGGUCUAAUAACAAAGUGUCUCCAACUCCUCCCAAGAAGCCCCCUCGUCGGAACAUAUCAAUAUCUCCAACCCAUAUCCAACCGAUGUCGAUGUCCGUGGACGGAGUCAGCAACAGCGCCUACGAGUAUCUCUUUCUGGCACACAGCGGCACUAGAAGUCAAGGCAACUUAAACGAUUUCGAUAAAGAAAAUAGGAGAGAGAGGUUAAGCCAUGGUAGAAGUAUGGACCAGUACGUCGAAAUGAACGUCUUCAACAUCGCUCUCGAAGACGAACCAGAACGGCCAAGAAGUGAGCUCCAACGAGGGAAGAGCGAAGAUUUGGAUAGCAGGAAGAAACACGAACCUAUAGCUAUCACUUCCAUGUACGAAAACAUGAUAAUCAAGCAACAGAAUCCUCGAAGAAAACUUCGUAGACAUCCGGAAGUAUACGAAGAAUACGAUUUUCGACGGAAACACGAAGAACCUAUUGCAAGUUCUUCGGCGCCUGAAACGACCUUUGUUUCUAGUGCUUUCAUCAUGAUUUCCGACGAAAAUACCGGAAGCUCAAGCAACUCAACCAAAUCAGAGAAGAAGAUGCUGAGGACAGACCACUUCCCACUUUCGCCGACUCACUAUAACCAACCGCCUACGCCAGACCAUCCUCCACCUUCUGCCAUGCAGGCGGAAAGUAUUAUCUACGAGAAAAUUCGUCCAUUGAGUCAGUGGCGCAAGCGAACCGCGAAUGUAAAAAGGCAUGCUAGUCUUCCGACUCUGACAUUUACCAUUUAUAAAAAAAUUCCUUCGUGGAUCCACCAGGAGUACAAGAGGAGAUCGAAGGAUAUGGAAACGGAGACCGAAGAUGAAUAUCUUUUGAUAUACGACGGUUCGAGCGGGAGUUUUUCCAGUAGCGUAUCGUUGUCGGACCGAAGUGUGGAUAAUAUUCUGGAGGAGUACAAUUCGGAAAUUCCUUUUGCGGGUCUAAUAAAAGGAGCCACGACUAAAGUCCUCGAAAACAUCAAUCCCAACACCCCGGCCGAACGCCCCACAACCCUGAAAAAGUUAAAACGCUUCUACGAGGGCACCAACGGAGAAGGAAUUAGAAGCGACAAUGAAAAAUCUUCGAGCUCGGAAAAGGAAUUCGAUAACAAAGAAAACAAAGAAAACAGGGACCAGCACAAAGAUCGAGUAUCUGCCCUCAGUCCGUUCGAUGAGCAGGAGGAAUGGGCCAAGAUCCAGGAGAUAAUGGCCUCUUUCGGCACCGGUAUAGUCAGAGAGUCGGUUUUUGUGGCCGAGUUAGAGAAGGAGUUUCAGAGUAGGCUAAUGACAAUAAGCUGUUCGCAACAUAGUUUGGCUAACUCUUCAGCAGAUAAUGUAUCUACGGUGGAGAAGUGGUUGCAAGGGUUAGGGAUGGGCGAUUAUGUGGGACUCUUCAUGACUAAUGGAUUCGACGAUCUCAAUUUCUUGAACGGCAUUAUGGAAGAAUCGGACCUCAAGGAUAUGGGAAUCACAAGUGAGCUCGAGCGCCAGAUCAUCUUAGACUCCAUAAAAAGCCUGCCAUCUAAAGUUUCCGACAGUUCUUUAAAUGUCUGCAACAAUAAUAACGAACAAAACACUGUCCGCUCCUGGCUAGUAAGGAUUAGUCUGGAGCAAUAUUACGAAACUUUUGUCAAACACCUUUACCAUGAUAUGGAGAGAGUGAAAAGGAUAUGGGACGUCGAAUUGUCAGCCGUUUUGGAUAUUGAAAAAGUAGGCCAUAGGAAGAGGAUAUUAGUCAGCGUUAGUAGUGGAGAACAUAUUGUAGCUGGACCAAAACUUGAAGCGAUCACCGAGUUUGGUUCACUGAAAAAUACUCAGCCAGUCCCAGAGCUACCUUCACCAUCAACAUAUUCGGUGAACAGCAACACAGGAACAAUUAGGCAUAGGCACAAGAAAUCCAGACCAGCACCACCUCCUCCGGUCAAAAAGGAACCAGAGAAGAAAUUGCCAACUGAAAUCUAUGUCGGUGGCAGCAAUUCCAUAAAGUCGCAAUGGAGACAUCAGCCAAUACUUCUGAUAACGAGUUUUGUUAAGUAUACUGCCAAUUAUUUAGGUUCAACACUUAUUAAAGAAUUUAAGGGUACUGAAUCAACUAAGAAAUCAAUCCAGACUGUGAUAAAGUCGAAGGAUCAUCCUAGCGAAGAAAUAUGUCUUUCUAUAUCAUAUAAAGGAGUCAAAUUUGUUAAUCCUAUUGCACAGAAAGUUAUUUGUGAACAUGAGAUUAAAAAUAUGAACUGCGUUUGCCAGGAUAUGGAAAGUCAGUCUUACUUCGCAUACAUCACCAAGGAUUGUGAAUCCUUCUAUUGCCACGUUUUUCAAGCAGUGUCACCUGAGCAAGCCAUCGAUAUCAUCCUCACUCUAGGUCAGGCCUUCGAGCUAGCCUACCAGAUGGCGGUUAGAGACCAAGUCACCAGUAAAGGUAAGUCCCAAAAAGACACUUACAAACCAGCUGUCAGUCCGGGAGCAGUAUCGUCUAAUAGCAGGGACUUUAAAGAUACUAGCACUCGAAAUGCUGAUGUCAAAUUGAAUGGACAUCCAUUGAAGAUGAUGCCAUUGACCCUAUCGAUAGCGGCGGAACCAGGCAGCGAGACUACUUUGCAGACAACUCCAAGCAAAGUAAGUUCUAAAAAGGCUCAGCAAUAGUUUGAUGAUUUUGUUGACUCGUGUUUCAGUUUAGUCAUGAUUGGCUUGAGGUUGUGCUAAGAUGUGAUUUUUUUAUUGUAGCAGGACUGUACUUUAGGACGAAAUUAUUUUUGGAAAUGCUAUCAAAUUUUAAAUUUUUAUAGAAAUUAUGUUCCUAUGAUACUCUUAUUAGUACAUAUGUAUUUAAUGUAAUCAUGCACAGUUAAUGAUUUAAAUAAUAACAAUUUUAAAUUUUCCAAAAGUGAUUUCGUGCUGAGUACUUUAGUAAAAGGUCAAAAUGUACAUUUGAAAAUAUUAUACGGCAGUGAUUAUAUAGUUGAUAUUUUUUCGAGCUAGCCAACUUUUUAACCCAGUUAAAGACCCAAUAAUAAUGAUAUCUUAAUAUUUAAAACAAUAUCUUUCAAAAUUAUAAAAAAAUUUAUGAAAAAUUUUAUCUGACCUUUCCGCCCACAUUCAAUAAUGCUAACUAAUACAUUAUAAUAUUCUUAUCAUUCAACAUUAUAAGCAAAUUAGCAACGUCAUUUUCUUCAAAAAAUUUAUAAUGGUAAUCUUAAAAUCUCUUCCUUGAUUUUCAAUACAUUCAGUUACUCGGGAUUGAUCGAAUUAAGAUCGAAUAUCAUAUUGCCGAAUACUCAUCCAGAUUCUUCUUAUGGCAAGCCAUCGGUCUUCUAUCUUUGCUGGAGAAAGUGGCCAUCGAUUAACGUUUAGACCUACCAUAUCCCACACAUGUUCGAUAUAUGACAAAUCAGCUGAUCUUGAUGGCCACUCCAAACUCUUUCUAUCAGAUUCUUGUCUACAACUUUCACGGCGAAAAUAAGUGUCAUCAUUGGAUCACCUUCUUCAAACUCUUAACACCGUUCAUGGAUUAGCUUCAGCUCUUCUUCCUUCCAUCUUCUUCUUACAGGUGCUCAUGUGGUUAGUUUUUAGCAAACGUGUUGUCUGGCAUUCGUACUAUCUGUCCACCUCAUCAAAGUCGCUGUGUUAUGAUAUCUGGUUUAUUAAAGAGUUGGUAUUAUUCGAAGUUAUAUCUUUUGAGCUACUGCUCUUGGUCGUUUAUAGCUCCAAAUAUUUUGCGGAAUAUUUUUCGCUCGAAUAUUUCCAAAAAUCUUUCAUCCUUCUGCUUUACAGUCCAUGUUUCUGCCCCAGAUGCGAGGACAGGCUCAGCAGUGUUUUGUAUAUAAUAAUUUUAGUUCUUUGGAUGUUUCUUGAGUUAAGUUGUUUUGGAAUCCAUGGUAUGCCUUACUUGUAAGGUUUCUUCGUCGCUUAAUUUCUUUGAUUGCUUUGAUGCUAGUAGUCAAUAUAAUGAGUGCAUUGCUAGUAGUCAUUCCACUAUUUAAAGAUGCCAUUCCCAAGUAGCAAUCGAAUUGUCAAAAUAAACGUAGUUACUUUCAACUCAAUUUGUGGUUAAUUCCCAUUAAACAUAGUAAAUGCCGUAUACUUAUUGUUGUGUAGGAAAGAUCAGAAAUCUAAUUUUUUUUUGUAAAAAUCUAUAGUUACUUAUAUAAGCAAAAUCCACUCCCGUAUUACUAUUACUAAAUGUUUACGUUGUAAAUAAAUCAGUAUAAAACUGGUGUUAUCUUAUUUUGACCUUAAACAAUUAAAAUACUUAGGUAUUAAAGUAGCUUAGGCUGAAUAAGGAAAAUGACCAAACCAACCUGAAAUGUAUUCAUAUUAGGUAAUUUAGAGUGUGGCUAGUGGAAAGCUUACCAAAGAACUCUUCUAUCUAAAUUCGUAUGGAUAUUAUCACUGCCAUAAAUAGGUAUACCUAUCUUUGUUUAAAAGAGAGAAUAAUAUAAGGAAGUGCUUCACUUUUUGAAUCAUUUUUAAGAACGUGAAGUUAUGUGUAUAUAGGUUAGAAAUUUCCUAGACAUACUGUUUUUAUACUGUCGAUUAACAUUUUGGGUAUACAUUUUUAACUACUUUCCAUUUUUCUGGGUCUGUCAAGUCUAAACACCAGAAAUCUGCUGUAUAAGAUCAUGUCACAAAUUAUAGUAUUCGACAAUAUACAGUGUGACUCAUUAAGAAUGUCCAAACUCGUGAGUUGUAGAUUCUAGUCCUCAGAAUAUUAAAAUUUAACCACUUAAAUAAGAUUUAAAUCACUUAAAUAAAAUGUUGCUCCUUACUGAGUUACAGGAUGUUUUAUUUAAAAAUUUAAAAAUUAUUUGUACCCAGUACUUUAAAAUAUAUUUGACAUAUUAUCCUUGUCAUACUUGGCAGAAAGUGUAUGUGCUGUACACCCUGCUAAAUGAUGGUACAUAAACGUUUCUGGCUACUACAAGAGGCGUGCGACAGAAUAGUGAAUGGUUGACCCUUCCCAAGUUUUACGCCACUGACGGAAUUGCUAUUUUAUCGCAAUUUGUCUAUUCUUUAAUACUUUCUAUGUAGGUAAGAUACUCUUCAUUCGUAACGAUAAAGUCAUACGUAAGUUAUUUACAUUGAAAGUAUUGGAUAAUCUAAAAAUUAUACUAAAAUAGCAAUUCCCUCAUGGGCGUAUAACUUGGGAGAGGUCAACCAUUCACUUUCCCCUGUCGUACGUCUCUGGUAGUAGCCAGAAACGUAACAUAAUUUAGUAGAAUGGACUGUACAGUACCUACACCUUCUGGCAAGUACUAUAAGGAUAUGUGAAAUAGUUCUAAAGUACUGCAUACAAAUAGUUUUUAAAUUUUUAAAUAAAACACCCUGUAACUCAGUAAGGAGCCACAUUUUAGUUAAGUUAUUUGGGUUAAAUCUUAACAUUUUGGGGUCUAGAAUCUACAACUCAGAGAUUGGACAUUCAUAAUGUAAUGAAUUACAAUGUAUAGAUAGAUUAUUUAUUAUUUAAUUAAACAAGACUAACAAUUAAAGCGUGGACGUCUUACAUUGCGAUUACGACCAUCGAAAAACUUCAGUUUCUGAAGAUGACUUCGUAGAGAGCACUAUAAGCCUGAGCCAACAAAAACGUUGGCGGUUUAACCCUGAAGCGGAGUAAGUCCGAUCUUAGUUUUUGUAAUAAUAAUAAUAAUUUGGUAUUGCUUAAGUGAAUUAAGUAAAAAAAAUAUACAAGAGGUAUACAGAUUUAUACAUGUACGUACCAGUGGUGACUGAUAAAGAAACUAUUAUAUUAAAAAUAAAAGAGGUAAAACAGUAUGUCUAGACUAUAUUUGACAAUUAAAUCUCUGUUUAUGGGAAAACUUAUAUAAAAGGCUCAACUUUUAUUUCUGUUUUAUAAAAAGUAUUCAAACCAUUUAAAUUUCUUGAUUUGUAAUAAUGAUAUGGUUUCAAAAAUGAUUAAGUCCUAUCACAGAUCCUAUCUAAAAAAUACAGGUUUCAAUUUUAGUAUCUGGUAUGCCAGAUACUAAAUUGGUAGAUAACUACAUAAAGUCCCACCAGUUUCAUUUAUAACUUGGACUCAUUGUUCCACCUGAGACUCACAUAUACUUUUGCAGAAGGCACGCCAGCAGCAUUCCUAUCGAGGUUCAUUCAUCCUUCACACUUUAUAUUUCGUUUUUCUUCAAGAAAUUUUUUUAUGAUGUUAAACGACGCGUCCUCUUUGGCACAUAUUAACCCAAAGUACCCGAUCAUUAGUGGUCCGAAUUCCUUCAUAUUGAAGAACAUGUCUUAAUGAAUAAAUUAUAAUAGGGCAUAUUUUAUGGACGUUAUUUCUCUUUAUUUAGAGCAGUUUUGUAACUUCUGUUACCUACUACAAUCUUUUUAGACGCAAGUUGCCACUCUGUUCUAAAUCCGUCGAUUAUUCCUCAUAUAUCCAUUAGUUAAAAGUUUUCGUGGUAUAAUAACAUUUAUUAGCUUUUUCCUGUCCAACAUUGCUAGGUUUGGGUAUAAAAAAACCGAUUCGAAGAGUGUAAUGAACCGCACAUCGCACAAAUGAUUCAAUAUUAGAAGAACGUAACAUAAAAACUAGACUCACUGUAACUAUCAACCAAAAUAUAAUGAGAUAUUUUGGACAUAUACAAUGUUCUUGAACUCCUAAGUGGAGCAUAGAGCUUCAGUGAAAACGCGCCAUCGGGUUCUAUUUUGCGCUAGGACCUUCACCUCAUUACAAGACUUUCCUUGACUUCUUAUCUCGUCCAUGAUGGAUCUUCUCCAAGUUUGUGUUGGGCGACGUCUUUUUCUUUUUCCUUGGGGAUUCCACUCUAGGGCAGUUUUUGCAAUACUGGAACUACCUUUUCGGAGUGUGUGACCUAUCCACCCCCACUGUUUAGACUUUAUUUCAUUUUCUGCCCUCUUUUGUGGGGUUACGUGUAGCAGAUCUUCGUUUCUGAUGGUGUUUGGCCAGAAAAUACGGACAAUUCUUCGUAGACAUUUGUUAACAAAGACCUGCAAUUUGUCUAAAAGGGAUUUUGUCACUUUCCAGGUUUCACAUCCAUAGAGUAGAACAGACAUAACAUUUGACUGGAAUAUUCGGAUCUUUGUCCUUGUAGUAUAUUCCCCAGACCUCCAAACAGGGUUAAGCAUGCUGAAUGCUUGUUGAGAUUUUCGUAUCCUCAUACGAAUAUCGUCUUCUGUAACUCCGCUUUCUGUUAUGACACUUCCAAGAUACGUAAAGUUUUCCACAUUUUCAAUCUGCAUGUUGUCGAUAUUAAAUAGUUAUCGAUAUAUUUUGGACAUAUAGCUAGAAGAAAAGCAGACAUGGAACAAAUGAUAGUUGAAGGCAACGUAGCGGGUAAAAUAUCCAGAGGAAUAUCUUUAGCACGAUGGUCGGACCAAAUAAAGGACACGACUGGUUACUUAUUCUCCGAAGCAAAUCAACACGCACAUGAGAGAGAUAAUUCAUUACGAAAUACAAAUUCGUUACGCUACAGCUGUAGGCAUAAAUUUAUUGCCCAUUUGAUUUUAUCCUGGUUUACUUCUUCUUUUAAGUCCAUAAGUCCAGUCUGCCAUGAGUCUAGUCUAGUGGUAUCAAUUUUAUUUUAGGCUCAACCAAAUGCACUCUGAAAAGUUCUUUUCGUUUUUCUUCACCAUUCUGAUUGUAUUAACAUAACUCCUCUUGGAUUAAGGAACUACUUGUCUGAAUAUCCUUUGAGAUAACUUUGUAGAGCCUUGACAUUUUUGCAGUCUGGCUUAUUUUCUCGCAAUACCUUCUUCACGAUUCUCUUUCCUGUCCUUUGAUUUGCAAGGUUGUCAAGGUUGUCAUUCCCCCAGUGAACUUUCCUGUUGGAAUUUCUCACUCUCUCCAAACAGUGGUCUUCGAAUGCUGACAUGUCAACCCCUUGAAUUUGUUUAUUGUAGGAAAUUUUUUCUAGUUGUCGAAAGCUAUCCAGUCGGAUCAAUAAAAUAUUUUAAAAUUUAUUUCUUUAUAGUAUCUAUUCUAUAUAGUAACAGGUACCACCGUGUUAGCUAUUUAUAUAGAUAUCGUAGACUAAAUUUGAGACCAUUAUCGUUGUUAUAAACGAAUCAAGGAAUACAUAAUCCAAGGAAUACGACCUGGUGAACGUUUAUAAAUUUGAAUAUAAUUAUAAUACAUAUGUAACGUUUCUUUAUUUAAUUAUGUAAUUAGCCAAUUUGUAUUUAAGAAGUAUAUUUUCUGGCCAAUUUAAUGACACUAAUGACGAAUUUGGCAGAAUUUCUCGUGAUCCGGCUGCUACAUUAAGAGAGAUCGACAAACAAAGGGUAUUUAAACUUUAAAUGCUAUCCAAACUUCAGAGUGCUGGGAUCAUAAAAAUCAAGUGCAAGCUGGGUUGGAGAUGAACAAAGUUCAUGAAGAACGUGGAUAUAUUUUUAUAGUCUACCUCCUGACCAAAUCCACGUACCUAGAAACCUGAUCCACAAUACAUAGUUUGUGUUGAUUCGUAUCAGCGUCAUCAAAAUAACCAAAAAAAUAUCCUUUAACAAAAGUUGUUGUAGAAGACAUUUCGGUAGUGGCUAUUUUUUGUUAUAUUUUCGGCUGUAUUUGUCGAUAUCAUAGGAACUAAGCCAUUUCCAGUGAUUUUUCGCUUGAAAAGAGUUUCAAGAAAAUCUGUCACCAUAUGCUAAAGUAUACUUUUAAGAAAACAAUAUUUAUUUAGAAAAAUUAAAAUAACAAUUACCAGGUCGUCUAGAACUGUGAAUAUGUCAUUUACUCUUUUAAAAAGCAUGGAUUUUGGUAUCGUUUCUAUAUUAUACACCAUAGCAAUAUCCUUCAAUAUUUAACCGAUACUUUAGAUAUAAGUUAAUUUCAGAUUGCUCAAGAACUAACUUUUUAUAUUUAGGGAGCAAUAGUUUAAGGAUCAUUUAACUUUAAACUCACUUAUUUACAGAAAUUGUCGCAACACAUUUGUCUUUUAACCAGAAUCUUCCAUUUUUGUAAUUAUUAGCUAUAUAUACAUAAAAACUAAUGUAUAUACUUCGUUAGGAAAAUAUUAUAUUAAUAUUAUAGAGGCUUUAAAAAGUAUAUAUUAUAGUCCAGUGCGUUUGCUACAAACAUGAAAGCAAAAUGCAGUACUUCUGUUUAAAAAUGAUGAUCAAAAAUCUGAGAUUUGCAUUAAACAACAUCAGUCAAUUUCAUUAAUAGUGUCACAAAAAAAUGUUACCAGGCACUUACUAAACCCAUACUAUACACAUAGUGGACGGCCGUAGCUUAGCGGCAAGGUACUGGCUUCAUAAGUCACAGCGCACGAGUUCAAUUCUCGGCACCAACAUUUUAAUUUCUAAAAAUGAUACGAGCCGUUUACCGUGCUUCAGAGGGUACGUUAUGCCGCCCGUCUCACUAGAUACAUCGACACUACUUACUUUAAACAGUGUUAAAUAUGCAAUUGGCACCGGAACAAUCCGAAAGGAUCUCCACGGCAAAAAUGCCAUACGAUAUUAUUAUUACUAAACACAGAAAGAAAAAUUAACUCAAGAUAUUCUAAUUCUAGCUUAUAAUUUAUUCACUAGUUCAUAAAGAGUACGUAAUCAUCAUUAUCAAAGCCCUACUUUUAUGCGUUGAAAAGACUGAGACUUUUAGAAUCCCAUGUUCAUUGGCGCAUUUAUCUAUUGAAGGUUGUCUCUCCUUCUUUUGAGCUUCUACCGAUUGGUGAUGUAUCUCUUGCUAUUUUGACAAUACGGUUGUUCCCCCAUUCUUGUUAUGUUGAUAUUCCUUUCGUGUAUAUGUUCCACUGUACGUGUUCUUCUAAUAUCUUCUCGAUCUCAUUCUCGUAUUUCUUGUAAAUCUGCUCAGUAUUUGUAUCUUCGCCGUUUCAGGAGCCUUUGUUUUACAGUCUGUCGUGUGCUGUUUCCGGUGCAUACGUCAUUAUUGGUCUUACACUGGCUUUAUAAAUUCUUGACUUCAUCUCAGUGUUAAUAUGUCUGUUUCGCCAUAUAUUAUUUCCUGUUGUCUUCCUAAUGUAUUCCCGUUGUCUUCCUGAAAAAGGGUGUUUCGACGGCCGUCUAGAUAAGGCAGUAAAGUGGUUUGUAAGAUGUCAUCAAAAUAACGCACAUCUGUCAUACUGCCUCGAAUAAACAAAAGUGGUGAUCCGCUACCAUAGGCAAUAACCCCCAAAACCAUUACUCCUACUGUCCUGUGUAGAUGCCUUUCAACAGAAAACCCGAUAUCUCGUCGCUCUCCACGGCGGAGUCUUAUCAUCUUACGAUCAUCAUGCAUACCUAAACAAAAUCGUGCUGCAUUAUGCCAUUUUGCCACCCAAUGCUGCCGUUUUCUGCACCAAUUCCAACGUUGAUGACAGUGGUCCGCAGUCAAAGGAAGCACUUGUCGUGGGAGGAAUGAAAACAGUCCAAAGGCUCGAAUGCUACGGUAUAGGGUACGUAUAGUAACAAGUCUACCUUCUACUCCAAACCCUUGGUCAGCGAUUUGACGCGUAAUAGCAAAACGGUCUCGCAGAGACCGCGGAGUCUAAAGCGCCCAUCUUGACGCCCUGUGGUACACCUCGGUUGACCAGUAGGUCUUCUUCGGGUUCCUCUACCUUCGUUUGUCCACACACGACACACUCGCAUAACUAUCAUUGCCGUAAAUUACACAACGGCCAAUUUCGUGAUAUGACAAACCCAUAUCUCUAUAGGCAAUAAUUCUACCCCUGUCAAAAUCGCUGAAAUGGUGGAAAUUUUGGUGUCUUCGAACUCGAGGUAUAUUCUUUGCACUGAAUACAAUUAGACUGAGGAAUAAUAACUAAAAAUUUCUGUACCAACCGGUCUUCAUAAAUGGGUCUUUUCACAAAAAAAUUUAAAGAUAAAAUUUUAUUUUUACAAAAGCUAUAAAAGAUAAAACAUUAAUAUUGUUAUCAUAGUAUGCUUUAAAUAUAGUCAUUGUGCUGCCAAAAAAUUAAAUUCAAGAUAUGAUUCCAUCUGGGUGUAACACUUCUAAUGUCACUGAGUAUAUUUUUCUAUGUGAUCUCUUUAUUGAAGUUUUCGGCUUUUUUGAGAAUUUAACGUGGUGUGAAGAUCUGCUUAAUACCUGAACGUUCAUGCCUGCAACCUGAUGAUAAUAUUCUCCUAGGAACGCUUUGGUAUAACGCUUCAAUCUCUCAUGCAAGGUGUUUGAUAACUUGUAUGCUGCAUUUAGAAGAGCUAUGCCGCGGAAAUUAUUGCAUUCUAGAUGAUUUUCCUUUUUAUGUAAAGGGCAUAUUCAGCCUAAGCUCCAUUCCUGAGGCAUUUGCUCCUCAGACCAAAUUUUACAAACUAUUUUUGCAUCACCUUGGUGAUCUGCUCUCAGCUGUGUGUAAAUAACUCUGGUGGGAUAUUAUCGCUACAGGUAAAUUUGGGGUUUUUAAAAUUUUUUUUAACCGAUGGGGUUCUACAAGUUACAGUGCUAUGUAACUUUUGUACUAAGAUUGUGUUAAGUAGUAAAGAUAUUGCAUAAUAUAUAUAAAUUAUUUUUAAAAAGAAAUACUGUUCUUAUUUUUCAUGCCCCUUGAACGUAUUACAAAACAAACACACUGGACUAGCAGCAGGGUUAAAAUAUCAGUGUGAAUGAAAAUUAUAUAAAAUUGAUAAAAAUUUACUAUGGAAUCGGAUAAUUAUGCAUUCAAAAUGCUUAGAGUUACUUUUUGGCUCGAUAAAUAUCUUUAGAUCUACAUGUUAAAAUUGAAGAAAGUAUUGUAAAAAGAUUAUUCAAAGCUCUGCUAUAUCGAACUAAUCAAUCAAACAAGAAUACGCACAAUAUUUGCAGACAAAUAAUAUUUCCAACAAUAAAAUAUUGAACUCCAAAAUACUAGUCAAUGUUUUGGAAUAGCUUAUACUAACAGCUUUACAAGAACCGCUUUCAGAGUGAUUUUGACUACAUUCAUAUCUCUCCAAUAGGAUAAUCCGCGUCGACAGCCGCUAACCAAUUUUCAGCAAUUUUUAUUCCACAAGCUGGAGUCCACCAGUGCUCAAUUUUCUAGCUCGAAUACUCUCAGAGCGGCCUUCCCCUUCCUUAAACAGUUCUUAGUAUAUCCUGCUAUAUGCUAGUAAUACUGCACACUUCUUCACAGGUAACGCUCAGAAUAAAAUCAACUCAACAAAAUUCUAAGGUAGUGUAAUAAAUGGAGAACUACACCUAACCCCUCCAAACCUCAGGUUAUCUUCGCAUUCCUUGUUACGAAGGCGGAAGAAACCAGGUAAUGCUCCUCGGAGAAAGACUCCAAUUUAGACCCUCAGUGUCCUAUUUGGGGGUUUGGGAGUUAAUUUACUUUAAUUUAUUUUAACUAAUUUUAACUAAUUUAUUUUAACACUCAACUUUAACAUUGAUAUUAAAGACACCAUAGAUGGGUUAAAAGUUAAAAAGAUCUAAUCUCUUGUUUUCACUGCAAUGCACACCUACAAAACCUACAUAAGACCAAUUAUCUAAUACAAGUCACGUGUCUAUGCGUCACUAAAUAAUGACUAAUAACGUGUCUAUGGCCAACUUAACGAAAUUUUGGUCACCAUAAGAAAUAUCCCGAGAAAAUGCAUGACGAAACGUGCAGAUUAUUAGUCAGUAUUCAUCUUACCAAUUCGCCCUAUUGCCAACAUCCCCACAAUAGAGGACAAACCAGUCCUAAGGCAUCACCUAGGUUAGUUGCCUUGGCAUUCCAAAAAAAAAUGCCAUUCCUUCCAGUCAGGCUUCUAAGCAUGAUAGCUCUACUACGCAUGAUAGACAGCUCCAACAUUAGAGAAAAAGAGGUCUUAAAAUUCCUUGGCAUCACCUAGGGUAGUUGCUUUGGCAUUCCAAGAAAAAAGUGCCAUUCAUUUCAGCAAAGAUUCUACUCUUGGCGGUCAACGAAAUUCCUCGUGAGUAUCACGAUGUUCUAGAAACAACUUCCCUUAGGUAUGGCCGAUAAUAAUAAGCUGCAAGCCAAAAAUGCUGAUCCAAGCGCCAUGCCCAAUGUACUGCCAUAACACCCGAGAUGCCUUCCUACUUGUUGUCUUCACCAGCACUUCUGAGACUCUUUUCACAUUGCAACUGACAUUGCUCGACCCCACUCCAAGCUCCCGCAACAAAAAAAGGAGCAGCCAAAACCUUGAAGAGACGAAAAACUAACCGAGGUUUUAUAACGUUCAGAUUUGGUGAUUUUUACACAAUUACGUUUCACCUCUUGAUACGUUGAGUAUUUGAUUUACUAAUGGAGAAUUUGAUUUACUUGUGGGAAUCACCCUUGCAACUGCUGGUUUUCACCUUUGGAUCGGUUGACUGUUGACUGUUGACUGAUUAACUUUUGCCUACGCCUUUUCCUGCUUUUGAAGGGUAGCGAUAUGUUGAGAUAGAUCCACAUAUUAGUUGCCCAAAAAAUGGCACGGUCUUUUGAUCUUUGAAAAUAAUAUCCAUCUACAUGGAAAACACGAUGAGUAGUAGAAUAAAUAUCUUACACUGCAAUCUAUAGUGUAAGGAUAAUAAUUGAAGGAAUAUAAUAUUGAGAAAAAGAGUAAAAUCGCUCAGCGUGUGCCGAUGGAUAUAUUAAAGGCCAACAGACAAAUAUGGGCAGGACAUAUACGCAGUAACAACAAUCGCCAUAUAGCCAAUGUGUCUUAAUAAAGACCUGAUUGAAGCAGGUGUGUAGGACGGCUUAGAAAAAGAUUGAAAGAUGCAGUCAGAGAGGAUCUGAAGAAAAUGGGAGUGAGACAACGAGAAAUAAUGGCACAGGACCGACAGACAUGCAAGGAAAUAGUAAACACGGCAAAGACUCACAAAAAGUUGUAACGCCAUUGAUGAUGAUGAUGAUGUGUACCGAUGGGGGAACAAAUAGCACUUUUGAACUUUUUAUUCCAACCGUUUUUCACAACGACUCACUAAUCUUUUGAUAUAAAAUAUGUUCUCUCACACUUGAACUGUUAUAUUUUAGGCAGAUAAAAUAAAAAUUUUUUGGAAGCAGUUAUUAUUAACUCACAACUUAAUACUAUUGAUAAAACAAUCACCUAUUUAUUAAGUAGGUAUCAUGUAAUAAUAUUCAACACAUUCAGUGAUGCCAAUUUUAGAGACGUAAAUAGCAGUUGAAAAUGAACAGGUGGGUUAAAAUAUUAUUGGCAAAUAGACCAUGAGUUUAGGUAAGUUAAUUAAUUGAUCGCAUAAGACAUAAAAGCAGGAAUUAAUAUAUCUAUAGUUUUAAGAUUAAACAAUCAAUUCGGAAAAUAACUCAUUACGUUCUAUACCAUACAAUCACUUUUUUUACUAGUCUACUUUUAUCAAAAUUGAUGAGAUUAUACUAUAUUUUUUGUCUAUCUUAAUUUGAUAUGAGAGCUUUGAAUUUUUUUAUAUAUUUAACUAUUUAUUGUGAAAAAUUUAAAUAUAUUGUUCAGAUAAUUUUUUAACAAAAUAUAUUUCACACCAUAUAACAGGUUUACGUAAAUAAAAGCUUAUAACAGUCUACAACUAGCCACUCUAAAUAGUAAAAAAAUUUACAUUUAAAGGAAGGUUCAGCUGUCAAACGCACUUUAAAAAAGUGAAAUCGGUCAUCUAGGACAGUGUUUCCCAAACUUAUCUAAAGCGCGACCCCUUUUUGUUAAAAAAAUUGUUCACGACCCCCUACUCAUCACCCAAACCAAAAUAGCGACAAAAAUCGCGUGCCUAAUUUACAACUGAUGGUUUCUCAAAUUUUAUUUUACUUUACUGUUUAAAUUCAAACUAAAUACAUUUAAAAAAUUCAACAAUUAUUUUAAUAAUUGCGAUCUGUCCCACUAAUACACUAGUAGUACUUCUGCCAGACUAGCAUUUACAAUAAAAAUAAAUAAUAAAAAGUCGACUGCACAUUGUACACCGCGACAUCUUUGUGUCUACAUCGCAAUACUUUUCCAUGAUAUUCGCGAAGGCUCCACUCCUUACUUCGCUACUAGAUGGCACUCUGGAACGUUCUCGUAGCCUCGUUUUGGCUUUAUAUAAGCGGCGAUGUGCAAUGAGACCUCAGUUCGAAACAACACGUUGUGGCGAAUGCAGCGGUAUUAAGUAAUGAGUAAAUAUUUUGCGACUUACGUAUUCCCGUUUACGUAUUUACGUCUACGAUAAAUUACAAAUUAUGGAUAUGUUUUUAAAAAGAAGUGCAGAACCAUCUACGUCUGAAAGUGGCAGUAAUAAAAAGAAAAACAGACUUUACAGUGAUGCAUAUCUUAAAUAUGGUUUUACCAUUAUUUCCAAUAAACCACAAUGUGUUAUUUGUGGAGAAGUAUUGUCAAACGAAAGCAUGAAGCCAUCAAAGUUACUUCGACAUUUAAAUAGCAAACAUCCAGAUAAAAAAGACAAACCCGUAGAAUUCUUUGAAAGAAAGCUGAACGUCCUUCACAAACAGCAAGAUACUUUUCAAUAGGCAACCACUACUAACGAAAAAGCAUUAUUAGCAAGUUAUAAAGUUGCUUAUCGUGUUGCCAAAACUAGUAAUCCGCACACAAUUGCUGAAAAUCUGAUUUUGCCAGCAGCUGUUGAAAUGGUACAUAUAAUGAUUGGUGAAAAAGAGUCUGCAAAGUUAAAAACAAUACCUCUGUCAAAUAAUACUAUCCAAAGAAGAAUUAGUGAUAUGACAGAAGAUAUUCAAGCGCAAGUUGUGGAAAAUCUUAAUAAAUGCACGUACUUCUCUCUUCAAAUGGACGAAUCCACGGAUAUAUCUAACUGUGCCCAAUUUAUUACGUUUGUAAGAUAUGAUACAAAUAAUGGCAUUCAAGAAGAUAUUUUAUUUUGUUCCCCAUUGGAGACCAAUACCACUGGAAAAUGUUAAUUCGACAGUUUUGUGAAACGCACAAGUAAAUAUGUUAUUGACUGGGGAAAAUGUAUUGCUAUAUGCACAGAUGGCGCUAAAGCUAUGACGGGACAUCAAUCUGGUCUUGUCGUCAGAUUACAAGAAAUAAUGCCUAAUGCCACAUGGAGACAUUGUUUUUUACAUCGAGAAGCUCUGGCGUCAAAAGCUUUACCUCCUGAAAUGGACUGUGUUAUGAAAUCCAUCAUUAAAGUUGUAAAUUCCAUUAAAGGAAAAGCUUUACAGACCCGUAUUUUUCGAAAACAUGGGUGCUAUAUUUCAAAAUCUUCUUUAUCACACCGAAGUAAGGUGGCUUUCAAGGGGCAAAGUCUUAAAAAGAGUAUUUGACUUAAGAGCAGAGCUUUUAAUGUAUUUGAAAGAUGAGAAGUCCCCAUAUGAAAAUCAAUUUUCCGAUCCUAUUUGGCUUUUGAAACUAGGUUUCCUUGCUGAUAUAUUCGAACAAUUAAAUAUUUUGAACAGUAAUUUGCAAGGUCGCGACAUUAAUAUAAUUACAGCCACAGAUAAAAUUAAGGGGUUUAUAAGAAAAAUCGAUUUAUGGUCAACUUCACUUGGCAAAAAGCAGCUCGAUUCAUUCCAGUGCGUUCAGGAAAUUAUAGAAAAUGUAUGUUACAGUACUACAAAUUUUGAACAAGUUUAUGCAGGCAUGCAAGUUACUUUGCUUAAUUUAAAACAACAGCUCUGUGAUUAUUUCCCCGAAGAAAUUCAAAACAGUUACGACAGUUGCGGAUGGAUACUGAAUCCGUUUUUAGCCGAUUCCUUUCAACAUGCUGAAAUACCAAUAAACAUGAAAGAACAACUUAUUGAAAUAUCAAGUGAUGGAAUGUUGAAGCUCCAAUUUUUUUCCCAGAACCCGGACGAAUUUUGGACCAAAAAGAUGCAGAAAUACCCUCAGUUGGCGAAUGAAGCUGUAAAAUGUUUGGUUCCAUUUGUAACAUCAUAUUUAUGUGAGUUAAGUUUCUCGUCUAUGACUGCCAUUAAAACAAAAGUGAGAAAUUCGUCUCGUACUUGAAAACGAUAUAAUUGUAUGUGUCUCAAAUACACAGCCUAGAUUUGAAAGACUAGUUUCAAAAAAAUAGCGCCAUGGGUCUCAUUAACAUUGUAAUAUUUGACUUUAUUUUUUUCUUUUACUUUUAAGGACUUUUAAUAUUUAGUUUUAUGUUUCGUUUGAUAAUUAAUUGUUAAUUUUUAUUUACGGCUUUAUUAAAAUAAAAAUACAUGAUUUAACAAAGUAGUGUUUUUGUCUUAUUUUGGAAAUUUCCGACGACCCCCCUAGUACCUCAUUGCGACCCCCCAGGGGGUCGCGACGCACACUUUGGGAAACACUGAUCUAGAAGAGCCUAUGGAAUUUUUAAAUUUUUGGUGGAGGGUAGCCUCCAGGGCACCGAGCAAAAAGUGAAUCUGUGAAUUUAAAAAUUUGAAAAAAGCUUUGUAAAAUAAUUGUCCUAUUAAAAUUAAUUUAUUUUAGCAAUUUUAUAAUUAUUGUUAUUAAGUAAUUUAUUACAUUUUAAAAUGUAUUUUUAUCUGAAAAAUUGUUUAUACCUUUAAAAAAUUCCUUAGGCACUUCUAGAUGAUCAAUUUUAAUUUUUCAAGUGCGUUUGAAAGCUUGGGUCCUAAUUUAUAUGUAAAAAAUUGACCAUUUACAGUGAUUAUUUUGAGCUCUAGAAUACAAAGAUUGCAAUGGGCCGGACAUGUGAUAAGAAUGGGAGAGGAUAGGCUACCAAAGCGAGCACUGAAUGCUAGAAUGCAAGGAAAGAGACCGGUUGGGAAGCCACGAAAGCGCUGGGAAGACACUGUAAACAACGACGCACAAGCCCUUUUAGGAGUUCGUGUAUGGAGAAGAGCAGCCACAGACAAGCAAGGGUGGAGGCAAAAAAUAAAGGAGGCCAAGGCUCAAUUUGGGCUGUAGUGCCGUAGAAGAAGAAGAAUUUUGAGCUCAGCAUGAUUUUAGAAAUUUUCUAUUUUUUCGGACUUUAGAUUGAAAGAAGAUACAAAAAUUAUUAAUCCGAUCCUAAUGAAAUUUAGCACGUGCUUCAAUCGUAUUAUAAAGUUUUUAUGGGCGGAAUAUGAAGGCGCUGUAAAUUAUGUUUAAGGAGUCGAAAAAGUUUAAAGGAAAAAUUACAGUUUUUUGCACUUCUUUUUCCAAUUGUUGCUAUUUUUAAACAAUAAAAAUCAAAUUUUCAAUUUCUAGCUAGUUAACUAUUAUGUAACAUUCAAAAAAGAAACUUUUACCCGCUCUAAUUUUAUCAGAAGCAAUAUAUCUCGAGUUAUAGGCGACAAUAUGGGCGCAAAAAUCAAAAAUUUAUGAUGUUUUUCAAAUUUUGUUAAAUAAAAAAUUAAGCGCACCCAGAACAAAUUCAUAAAAAUAUUUUUUUCAUUUCGAACAAUUUUUUUUUAGAUAAUUCUGAAGGUCAUUCUGAGCAAAAAGGUCUCUUGUCAUUUUUCUCUUAAAUUUAUUGUUGUCGAGUUAAACACGAUUUAAAAUUUGAAAAAUGCGAAAAUUACCAUUCUCAAGGCUUAAUAACUCGAUUAACAAUUAUUAUUAUGAAAGUCAAAAUAUGACAAAUCAAAGUUUAAAACCGCUGCUUCAAGAUCCUGUAGAAUUUUUUGUCAUUAUUUUAUUACAAAGCUGUUAUUUUUAAUUAUUAACAAUUAGCGCUAUAGUGCAGGCUGUAUCGUCGCCCCCGUUAGAUAAAUUAUUUCGAUCAGGUGUUUUUGCACAAACUUACUCAAAAAGAGGUUCUUAUAACAAAUCCACUGGGUGCCAGGCGGUACCUUGGUAGAAAAAUAGUUGAAAAAAUUUUUUUUUAAACAAAUUCACAAAAAUAAUUUUUUCACUUGGAACAAUUCUUUUUUGAUAAUCUGAUAAACUUUCAUAAUAUUGAUAAACUUUCAUAAUAUAAUUUUUAAUCGAGUUAUUAAGCCUUGAAAAUGGCCAAUUUUUCAUUUUUCAAAUUUUAACCGGUUAUUCAAAUUCAAUCGCGUAUAACUCAACAACAUUUAAUUUUAGAGAAAAAAGACAAGAGACUUUUUUUUUCUCAGAAUGAUCCAAAUUAUCUAAAAAAAAAUUGCUCGAAAUGAAAAUUUUUUUGCGAAUUUGUUUAAAAAAAAUUGUUGUAACAAUUUUUCGACCACGGCACCGCCAGGACCUCGAUUUUUGACCCUUCGCUUCGUUAUCGAACGUAUUCGCUUCGUGUCUGUUUAGUGUACAGAAAGCGAAUAAUGGAUAACGAAGCGAAGGGUCAAAAAUCGAGGUCCUGGUACCCUGUGGAUUUGUUAUAAGGACCUCUUUUUAAGUGAGUUUGUGCAAAAAAAAUCGAAUCGGAAUAAUUUCGCUAACGGGGGCGACGAUAUAGGACCGUCUAUAUCGUGAUUAUUGCUACAAGGUGCAUUUUAAAGGGAAUCGAGGAAAAAAUAGACUCCUAUGGAAAAUGUUCAAUUCAAAACAGAUUCCGCCUGGACUAAAACAAGUUUUUGUUUAUUGCGAAAUCAACUGUACUAUGCCAAUGGCCUUAGUUAUCGAGGCAUUUAAGCCAAAUAAAAAAAGUUUUUAUUUACGUGAACCAUAACCAUUUAUUUACUGAAAUAUAUACUACAUUUUUUUACUUGCAGUAUUUAGUAUUUUAAUAAUUAUGUGAUUAUUUAAAACCAUUUUUUGUUUUCUUUAUAUUGUAUACUUUGUUACGUUAUUGUGAUUAUGUAUCUAUUCCCCAGUUUAUAUACAUUUUGUUACGAAGUUUUAAUAUUAUUUUAAAUAAAGUGACUAAAACACA